AUGGCUACCCAAGCCCCACCUCCACCCGCAUCUCCCUCUCCUCCCCCUUCUCCGCCCGUGACAGAAGGAAUAUCAACCUCUUCACCUCGAUUACCGUCAGGAGGGGUAACAGGAACAGGAACAAUUUCAACAUCGCCUCCUGUACAUCCCCCGGCCCCAAUUCCUCCACCAGUUCCUGUCGAAACACAUCCAAACCGCACAGGUCUAAAACCUCCCCCGCCGCGACGCGUUCUCACCGAUCCAAACCGUCUCGCGCCAGAAGAUGCUUACUACGCACACUCCCCCCCACGGUUCCGUUCUGUAGUCACUAACAACCAUGCGGCACAUUUACGUCUUCCUGCGGCAGUUGCGGCGUUAAGGCCUCCUCCGGCUGUACCGGGGGCGGAGCCGCGGAGGGCAAAGGAGGCUAGGAGAAGAUUUGGGUCGAGACGGAGGAGGCCAAAGGGUGCAUGGAAGAAGCUGUUAUGGGUUAAGCAAUCGUCGUCUAUAUCUGGCUCCUCCACGCGCUCUGUCAAAGCCACCAAUGACGACAGGAACCAGAAGGAGAACCAGAUCCCUAGCAAUGACUUGCGACUCUCUACAUCCAAUCUCGAUUGCCAGCAGCUUCGACGCCACAGCACGGGACUCAGCACUCUUAGUGCGCACUCACAUAGCGCUUCAGCUUGUUCCCUUCAUUCUGGAAAUUCGCCCCAAUCCCCAAAUUCCCCGAUGUCGCCAUUUACGCCAAUUAAUCUCAACAACGGCUCCCUCCAUUUCCCCAAUCACUGCCACUACCCUCAGCACUCCACCAACAACGGCUCCACUCUUUCCCCUCGCAACCGCCAACGCCUCGAAACUGCCAAAUCCGCCCUCCUAAUCUUCUGCGCCCUUCUCGGCCUCAGUCCGAUCCUCAAAUCCCUCACAAAGUCUACAACCAGUGACUCAAUCUGGGCUAUGAGCUGUUGGCUCAUGGUAAUAAACAUCUUCUUUUUCGACUAUAGUAGCAACAGCGGUGGGAGUGGUACGGGAGGGAGUGCCGAGAGCGGAGCCACCGCUGCUAAAUUUCCUUCCUCCUUGUCCACGAACGCCGCCGUCAUGGCGUCCACGGGGCUCGCCUCGCGUCUGAAAUCCACCACUCACGUAUUUAGCCUAACGCUGUUCUCUAUUGAAGUCUUUGGCCUAUUUCCUGUUUUUCGUCGCCAUCUGCGCGCGAUUUCCUGGCGGGGUCACGUGUUGCUUACGGUUUCCCUGGUGAUUAUUGCUAGUGCAGCGGUAGGCAUUACGCUGCGCGAAGUACAAAAAUGUGGUGGCUGGCCCCUGGGACCCGGCCAGACCAGUUCUGAGAAGGCAUUGGGACUGAGACAUAUAGGCUAA